GCUUGUAUAAAUGAAAUCAGUUUAAAGAGCAAUUUUGAGGAAGGAAAGAGGCGAAAGUAAAUUUAAAGAAACAGAAAAAAAUCGAUUAAGGAGUCUGUUUAUCCUUCUAGUAGAUUAUUUUAGAGAUGAUAAGACGAUGGAUCAUAACAAAGAAAUGAAUCAAUUAAACUCGCAACUACAAGAUUUGCAAAUACCUUCACCAAUCAUUGAUUACUCCAGCAUCAGAAGUAAAACGGUUUUAGUUAGUCCAACAGAAGAGCAGUUUGAACUUCUACUAAAGCGGUUAAAAGAUCGGAUUGCUGACAGUCGAGGUGAAACAAUUUAUGAAAUUGGCAUUGGAGAAGAUGCAAGUGACUCGGGAUUAGAUUCAGAAGAAUAUGCUGCAUCGCUUGCAACACUUCAGUCAUUGGCUUCCAGUUUAAAUGCAGAUUGUGUUGAAUUGAGACAACGUCGAGGUGAAAAAGGAACAACAGUCGGUCAGUACUUGAUUCGACAGAGAGUUGACGAAACCGACUUUAUGGAGAUUCGAGUUGCUGUAGUUGGAAAUGUAGAUGCUGGCAAGAGUACGUUACUUGGUGUUCUAACUCAUGGGGAAUUGGAUAAUGGACGUGGAUAUGCUCGUCAACGUUUGUUUCGACACAAACACGAAAUGGAGACUGGAAGAACAAGUUCUGUGGGCAAUGACAUUCUCGGCUUCGAUUCCAUUGGCAAUGUUGUGAAUCGAGCAGAACAUGGAAAUCUCGAUUGGGUGAAGAUUUGUGAGCAGAGCGCAAAAGUCAUCACAUUCAUCGAUUUGGCUGGCCACGAACGUUAUUUAAAGACAACAGUUUUCGGUAUGACUGGACAUGUUCCCGAUUUCGGGAUGCUGAUGAUUGGCGCCAAUGCUGGCAUUGUUGGAAUGACGAAAGAACAUCUCGGAUUGUCACUCGCAUUGAGUGUUCCAGUCUUCGUAGUUGUCACUAAGAUCGACAUGUGUCCACCAAACAUUCUCCAAGAAACAUUAAAACUUUUAGUGAAGAUUUUGAAAUCUCAAGGAUGUCGAAAGGUUCCAGUGAUGGUGCGAAAUCAUGACGAAGUCGUUUUGUCAGCAACAAAUUUCGUCUCUGAACGUCUUUGUCCAAUCUUCCAAGUCUCAAAUGUCACUGGCACGAACUUAGACUUGUUGAAAAUGUUCCUUAAUCUUCUGACAACGCGCGUGACUGGCUUGGAUGAAUUGCCUGCCGAAUUUCAAAUCGAUGACACUUAUUCCGUUCCUGGUGUUGGAACAGUCGUUAGUGGAACAUGCUUACAAGGUGUCAUUAAAUUAAAUGACAUUCUUAUGUUGGGACCUGAUGCACUUGGCCAUUUCAUUUCGAUUCCUGUUAAAAGCAUUCAUCGAAAGCGAAUGAAUGUGCGUGAAGUUCGUAGUGGACAAACAGCUUCAUUUGCUCUGAAAAAGAUCAAAAGAUCUCAAAUUCGUAAAGGAAUGGUUCUGGUUAGUCCGGAUUUAAAUCCACAAGCAAGUUGGGAGUUUGAAGGAGAAAUUCUUGUGUUGCAUCAUCCAACAACUAUCAGUCAACGUUAUCAAGCAAUGAUUCAUUGUGGAAGUAUCAGACAAACAGCUUCAAUCCUUACGAUGAAUAAAGAUUGUCUACGAACUGGUGAUAAAGCAAAAGUGAAGUUUCGAUUCAUUAAACAUCCGGAAUAUAUCAAGAAGGGACAACGAAUGGUUUUUCGUGAGGGACGAACAAAAGCAGUUGGAAACAUUCUUAAACCACUGCCACACACGGUCAACACAAACAUCAAUCGAACGAAGCCGAAGUUACAAUCUCGAGGUGGGGGAGUUCAAAAUCAACAGAAUCAAAAUCCAAAUGUUGGGGCAACUGCAUCGACAUCAACAGCAAAUGCUUCAAAUGAGGUGAAAGCAAAUUUGGAUUCUGUUCUUGAGAUCUCGAUGGAUAAACGAAAUGUGAAAAAUAAUAAUCGAGGUGGAAAACGUAAGCGAGCUAACAUGGCAACUGUUAAUUAUCCGGAGCCAACAAGUACAACAACUCCACCUUUACCAGCACAGCAAUGA